CAACAACAGAUCCAGUCUUCAUCCUGCUCCUGUGACAGAUUCUCACACCAGCGACAUGCAGUUGUUUAUCUUCUUAUCUAUUCUGGCUCUGGUUGUUGCAUCUCCACCAAGAAAUAGUGAAGUGAACCUGCAACAAGGAGACUGUUCUGGGUCAUGGUUCAGCUUCAACAACCGCUGCUACAAGUACGUGGCCUCUCAAAUGACCUGGGCUGACGCUGAGCUCCACUGUGUGUCACAGACGGCCAACCUGGUGUCCAUCCACAGUCAGGAGGAAAAUGCUUUUGUCAGAACAUUGAUCAAGAGUUUUGACCCCGCGCAGGGACGUGCUUGGGUCGGACUCACUGAUGCCCACAAGGAAGGAUCCUGGAUGUGGUCUGAUGGAUCCUCAGCGGACUUUUCUGUCUGGCAUAGAGGAGAACCCAGCAACAACGGAGGAAAAGAACAUUGUGUUCACCUCAAUUUUGGACAAGAUAAAUCAUGGAAUGACGUUCCAUGUUCACAAUCUUAUGCUUCUGUCUGUAUAUCUCGUGUUAACUGCCCUUCAGUGUCUGGCGUCUGAUUCAGUCCUGUUGAUCAGUUAAAACCCACAGGACCUCAAUAAUAAACAUAAAAUGGUGCACGGUUCUGUGUAUAGAGGUUUAUUCUAACCUUUGCUGUCAUGUAUUAUGUGUCAUGUAUCCUGCAUUGUGCUUUUGUAUUGACCUUUUUGCACUCACUGAAUACAAAAUAUACUUAAACCCAGCUGUAAUGAA